CCAAUGGAGAAUCUAUUUUUACAAUGUAAUGUAUAUAAGUUCAUAUUAUCUCGAAUCUAAACAUGAUCUCUGUAUCAUGUAGAGUCAUGAACAGAGAGAUUUCUUCAAAAGAUAUAUACGAGUAUAGUGAAACCCUCUAUAUUUCAUAUGAUACCUUUGAGCAUCAAGUUGUUACUAACAUCAGCAGCUACUGCAAGUGCCAUAGUAAAAAAAACAAAAAAAUAUAAAAUCUGCAUAGCAAAAAAUGAUUCUUUCUCAGCAUAUCCACAUAUCAAAAUGCUUCUGUAAAACACUAAAAGAAUAAUUGCUCAACAAAAGGAAAGAUUUCUACGGUCAUUGUCAAGAUCACCAAAAGAAAAUAGUAUGGGAUCAAAAUAUUCCCAUUAAGCAUCAUCUCUUAACAUUACUUUUGAGUAAAUUAUGAGAGAAGCAACAUCAUUACUGACCUAGUUCAACUAUAAAUAGGUAGCAUGAUAGCUCACAUUUUUCUCAGAGCAGAGCCAAUUUGUGAAAUCAUAUUGCAUUCCCACAUUCAAGCGCAUUUGCAUACUUCUUUUCUAUAUCCUAAAGAAAAGAAAAAACAAACAAAGAAAACUCCCCACAUUCCAUAAGCAAAGACACAACUUCAGCAUGCAAGCUAUGGACAUUGUAAGCCGAUUAGUGGAGCAAAAGCCUUUGGUAGUCUUUACCAAGAGUUGCUGCUGCAUAAGCCAUUCAGUAACGCAACUCUUAGGCAGCUAUGGAGCAAAUGCAACUGUUUAUCAGCUUGAUGAAAUGUCUAAUGGACAAGAAAUAGAAACAGCACUCCAAAAGCUAGGGCUUCGGCCAGGUGUUCCUGCUGUUUUCAUAGGCCAAAAGUUAGUAGGAGGAGCAAAAGAGAUUAUUAGCCUGCAGGUCCAAGGAAGACUUGUACCGGCAUUGAAGGAGGCAGGAGCUUUAUGGGUGUAGAAUAAUACAAAACGCAUAUACCAACAUAAUUUUGAUACCAUAAUUUGCAAUUUUUACUAAGAGUAUUAGUUUCUUCUUAUUAAUUGCAUUCCAAACUUCGUAUUUCAGUAAGUUGGAAGCUACGGAAUUCAGUCUAUUUACAUACUGGCAGCCUUAGUGAACAGAAGUAUGAUUUUGUAGUUUUCUUUUUGCUUUGGUAUUAUAUUAUUUUAAGAUAAAUAAAGCGUCUCCUUUUCUGCUAAAUAAAUGUUGCUCUUGUUGUUUUAAUUGUUCAAUAAAAUUUCUAAUGGACAAGAUGUCUAAACUU